AUGCGGCUCUCGGGCGUGGUGCGAUACGCCUUUCUGUCCUUGAUCGUGCCUGCCUUCCUUUCGACCCUCUGGCUCUAUCUCUACCCGGUCGCGCAAAACUGCCACUUUCCAGCGGCUCCCUCCAACUAUCAUGGCGUAGCACCUUUCCGACUCCUCGCCUUGGGCGACCCGCAGUUAGAAGGCGACACAUCUCUGCCUGAUCCUCACGCGCCAUUCUUCCCUGCUCUCGUAGGCCUUCGUCACCGGCUGUGGACCGAGCCUCUCGAUGUGGCAGCACACGUCUUGCAACGAGUCCUAAAGGACAUGGUCACAAGAGAUGUACCUCGCCUGGUGCAGAUGCAGCGCAAGAAGUUGGACCUUCUCGGCAACGACUAUUACCUCGCACACAUAUACCGUACGACCAAAUGGUGGACUCGACCUACGCACGUCUCUGUUCUGGGCGACCUACUUGGCAGCCAGUGGAUAAGCAACCAAGAGUUCGACAAACGUGCUGACAGAUUCUGGAAUCGCGUCUUCGUCGGUGCGCACCUCUGGAACAACCCGAAACAUGAGAAAGAGGCUGAAGAGGCUGAAGAGGCUGAAGAGGCUGAAGAGGCCGAAGAGGCUGGAGAAGGUCAUGAUUGGGACUAUUUGGACACAACAGAUGCGAGCCACUCGCCCGCCCUGCUGAAUGUGGCCGGAAACCACGACAUUGGAUAUGCGGGUGAUCUGGACCACCAUCGUAUCGACCGCUUCGAGCGUGCCUUUGGCCGCGUCAAUUGGCGCAUCAGGCUUCCUUUCGAAGACGCACUGUCCAACCAGACCUCGGAACUGCACCUCGUCAAUCUCAACUCUAUGAAUCUCGACAAGCCGGCCUGGAACCAGCAUCUGCAUAAUGCGACCCAUCGAUUCCUUGACCAAGUCGUCAACGACACUCAUACGCGGAACCCUCUCGAUGCUGUCAUCCUUCUCACACAUGUCCCUCUUUACAAGCCAGCCGGUGUUUGCGUCGACCCACCCUUCUUCAGCUAUUUUGCACCUCAUCACGGGGGUGGUAUUCGUGAGCAGAACCAUUUGACCCCAGAGUCAAGCAACAAGCUUUUGGACCGUCUAUUUCAGCCGAACAACCGAAGCGACCGUGCAGGGAUCGUGCUCAACGGCCACGAUCAUGAAGGCUGCGAUACGUGGCAUGGUCGCUCCGGAAAUGACGACAAAUCAUGGCACCAAGAAAAGUUUCCCGAGUCCAACUCGACUUCAAACGGUAUCCGAGAGGUCACCGUACGCAGCAUGAUGGGAGACUACGGGGGUAAUGCUGGUCUGCUCUCUGCGUGGUUUGACCUUGAUGCCGGUACUUGGAAGUUUGAGUAUGCCACCUGUGCCCUGGGUAAACAGCAUAUCUGGUGGGCAAUUCAUAUCCUUGAUCUCAUUACUGUAAUGCUGGCUUUUACCAGCGGUCUGUUACAUCUUUUCGACCGACCGAGACACCAAGAAGGUCGAGUCAAAGUCAAGGCGAAUAAAUGA